CCUUCAGGUCCGCACUUGCCAGCACUACAGUGAGGGAUGGGAUAUAUCUAUCUAAAUUGUAAAAAGUUUCUAAUUUUCUUAAUUCUUUAUGGAAUUACAAGCAUCAAAUGGCUCAUUCUUCUGCCAAGCCAGAAUGUUUCCCUGGGGUAUACUUAUAGCAUGGGGAAAUCACGUCAUUUGAAACUUUCCUAUUUAUUCUGUCCUUCCUCAGGCUAAAAAUAUCAGUUUGCUAGGUUUUUUUAAGUCAUAAAGACAAAGCCUGCCCUAGGCGUGCUGAUUUUGUGAAUGAACAUGUAAAACUUCAGAGGGAAGAAGGAUGGAAAUGGAGGAAUCUUUUAUUAGACGCUGUUGUGGUGCUGGCUGCACAUCCCGCACCAAAGAGCUCCCCAGCUGCAGCCCUGAGCCUCUAAUGGAGUAGCGCCGGGCACUUUACAUGUAGUUAUUUAAUUUAAGUGCAUGGGCGCCUUGGCUUAAACUCGUCCCACGUACUUUUAUUUAACCAAACCACCGGGCCAGGAACCUGCUCCCUCUUGCGGGCCCGGUUGCUGGGGGACGAGCGGGGCCCGGGGUCGCCCCCAUCGGCAGCUGGAGGCGGGGCCGGGCCGGGGCCGCCGUCCGUCCUCCGCGGCAUGGCGGGCGGCGCGGUGCGGGUGCUGCUGGCUGCUCUGCUCGGCGUCCUGCCGGCCGCGGCCGAGCGGGAGCUCCGCUUCAAGCCGCCGGCCGAGGCUCCCGUGCGGCUCUUCACCGAGCCUGAUCUGGCCAGAUACGACGGGCAGCAGGAAGGACAGCCCAUUUACCUGGCAGUGAAGGGAGUAGUAUUUGAUGUCACUUCUGGAAAAGAAUUUUAUGGAAAAGGAGCCCCAUACAAUGCUUUGGUUGGAAAAGACUCAACAAGAGGAGUUGCAAAGAUGUCUCUGGAUCCAGCAGAUCUUACACAUGAUAUAACGGGACUCACAGAAGAGGAACUCAAGUCCCUGGAUGAUAUCUUCAAUAAUGUUUAUAAGGCCAAAUAUCCAAUUGUUGGCUAUACUUCUCGACGAAUUCUGAAUGAGGAUGGCAGCCCCAAUCUAGACUUUAAACCUGAAGAUCAGCCACACUUCAACAUUAAAGAUGAGUUUUGAGGAACAUUUUUGUACUUGGAGAAUGCCUGGGGAGAGGCACGAUAGAGCAUUAGAUUGUUUUCCUAUUUUCUGGAGCUCAUUACAACGAUUAGCUAUCCUGAGUCUAUCCUGAGUCAGUUUUCUGUUUAGAAAAUAUAUGUGUGUACACACAUAGUUUACAUCAUGUUCUUCUUUCCAGGAAACAAAUGGAUCUGUAUUGCUAUCACACACUUGGGCUGUUUGCCCUGAAUUAUGGGAAUUAUUUCAUAGGAAAGUUCUUUCUGCCUGGAUUUCUCUGUUUAUAAGUGUGUAAUGUAAAAUUACAUUCCUUAGAAGAGAUCAUGACUAGUCUUUUUGUAAAUCCCAAGUUGUUUCCCACUCCUUGGAAAAGUGCGAAUGCAUUAUCUGGAUGAGCUAACAUCAAUUGUCUGUGCUUUAAGUGAGUGUAGGUAUCACAUGUACAAACAGGUGUAAUAGAGGUUUACAUUUUAAAAAGCAUAUUUGAUAGGUUUGAGAAUACUGGAUAUAAAACCACUCAAUUGCUUAAAAUGCAGUUACUGUGGAAUAUUUAUGCAAAGCCUACAGCUGUAAACAAAGACAAAUAAAUCUUUUUUUCCUCAUGAGAACUACUGUGACAUUUUAAGUAAGACUAUUACGUUAGUUUUGAAUAAAUGACACUUUAAUUUUUUAAAUAAUUAUCAAAGAUGUCAUCUGUAUUAGACUAUGGUGAUUUCCUUCUAGCUUCCUCCACUCUUUCUCUGACAAAAAAAGGAAAUGAUAGCCCACUGUUUACCACAUACUCUUACAGCACAAGUUUAUUAUAGUAGUUUAGUAUCCUGUGGGUAUUGUUAGCAUCUUUAUAUUGACAAUGUCAGCUCUCAUUUUUAAUUUCUGUUGGUUUUUCUUUGUUCUUACUCUGGCUUCAUCAUUGCUCUUGCAAUGAAGUGUGCAUUCAUAUGUUCCUCUUCCUUUGUGAUGGGUUUGCGUGGCAGGGUUUUGGUAGCAGGGGAGCUACAGGGGCGGCUUCUGUGAGAAGCUGCUAGAAGCUUCCCCUGUGUCUGAUAGAGCCAAUGCCAGCCGGCUCCAAGACAGACCCACCGCUGGCCUAGGCCAAGCCAAUCAGCGCCUCUGUGAUAACAUAUUUAAGAAGAAGAAAAACACUUAGAGAGAGAGCUUUUGCAGCCGGAGAGAGGAGUGAGAAGAUGUAAGAAACUCUGCAGACACCAAGGUCAGUGCAGAUGGAGGGGGAGGAGGAGCUCCAGGCGCCGGAGCAGAGAUCCCCCUGCAGCCCGUGGUGAAGGCCAUGGUGAAGCAGGCUGUCCCCCUGCAGCCCAUGGAGGAAGGAUGAGGGGGUGUAGAGAUUCCACCCGCAGCCCGUGGAGGACCCCACGCCGGAGCAGGUGGAGGCACCCGAAGGAGGCUGUGGCCCGUGGGAAGCCCAUGCUGGAGCAAGCUCCUGGCAGGACCUGUGGACCCAUGAAGAGGGGAGCCCACGCCAGAGCAGGUUUGCUGGCAGGACUUGUGACCCCGUGGGGGACCCACGCUGGAGCAGUUUGCUCCUGAAGCUCUGCACCCCACGGAAAAGACCACGCUGAAGCAGUUCGUGAAGGACUGUAGCCCAUGGGAGAGACUCACAUUGGAGAAGUUCGUGAAGGACUGUCUCCCGUGAGAGGGACUCCAUGCUGGAGCAGGGGAACGAUGAGAGGAGUCCUCCCCCUGAGGAGGAAGAAGCGGCAGAGACAAUGUGUGAUGAACUGACCAUAACCCCCAUUCCCCGUCCCCCUGUGCAACUGAGGGGGGUGGAGGUUGAAGCUGGGAGUGAAGUUGAGCCCGGGAAGAUGGGAGGGGUGGGGGGAGGUGUUUUAAGAUUUGAUUUUAUUUCUCAUUCCUCUACUCUGUUUUGCCUAGUAAUAAAUUAGAUGAAUUCCCUCUC